AUGGCUUCAACUUCAGUGGAUGUGGUCCCCCCAUCCCAACUGUUACAUUAUUUGCCUACUUACCAGGUUCUGAUCUGCCUACGCUGCCGCUACGCCAUUCAGCCUGGCGCAGUCGUGCGCCAUCUCAAGGAAAUCCAUUAUGUUCAUCGUUCAGCUCGUCAAGCCUUUGUCGAAUAUGCCUCCGAAUUUGAGCUGGCCCAGCCCAAUGAUGUCGUCUUGCCUGAUGAAGCGCAAUUUCCAGUACCUUUACUCCCGGUCCAAGAUGGAAUAGCCUGCUGUUUCGAAGGCUGCGCUCAUCUUUGUGCCACCACCAAGCGUAUGAAGCAGCACUGGAGGCUUGUGCACCGUACAUCUGCCUCGGAUGGGGGCAGCUUCUGGAAACCAGCACCGUUGCAGACUUUCUUCCGGGGAAAUGCCUUCCGGUACUUUACCAACCCGGCAUUGCUGGUUCCAUCGCCAGCGUCAGCGUCUGACAGCUCCGAUGGGCUGACGAGUGACGGAUUCCCCAGUACAACUGUUACAACCCCCGCUGUAAGGGAAGCUCGCAUGGAAUCAAGUCUUUCAACAUGGGACCCCCAUCAAUCGUUGAUCAGAAGCGACGAAGGCCUGCUCGAUCAUUAUCGAGCCUACACCUAUAAAACGCUCUCAUGCAACCCCGAGACAGAAGACGCAUUUGGGGUCAUUGUUUUAGAGCUGGCCUCCCGAUUUCCCUUCUUACUUCACGGCGUCCUAGCCUGUUCUGCCCUCCACCUCGCUUCCACUGAUCCCGGCAAUCGAACAUAUUACACAAUCCAGUCAAUGCGACACCAAGAUCAAGCAAUUCCCGCAUUCCGACGGGCAACCAUGCAUGUGGACAGCGACAAUUGUGAGGCGGUGCUGGCCUUCGCAUUCUUCCUCGUCAUCUGUGCCCUGAGCUCCGGGUCCGAGGAUUCAAGAUUUUUCCUAAGCGAUGAUAAUGACCAGUUGCAUUGGAUCAGUAUCCUCCGCAACGGCUGGUCCAUGCUCUGCCCCGUCUGGACCGAACUCACCGGUGGUCCAUUGGCUCCUUUUGCGGCCCUUUGGCGGGACGACCUGGGCGUCACGGCCGAUGCCAAUGACCCACUUCUGGUGACUUUACUGCACGUGUUCCCAGAGCACGAACCCGAAUAUCCUAUCUAUCGCGAUUCUGCGGUGAAAUUGACCGAGGCUUUUGCGUUUAUCCAGCAACGCGGGCCGUCGUCAACUAUCUGGGAUGCUCUCAAUUCAUGGCCUAUGCGUGUUAUGCCCGAGUAUCUGGCCCUAUUGAAACAAAAUCGUCCAGGCGCUUUACUACUCUUGGCCUACUAUGCUAUCCUUCUGCGUCCAAUUCGUGGUGAAUGGUUCCUAGAAGGUCGGGACUGGAAAUUGAUAGAUGAGAUUGCGCGGCGGUUACAGGGGAAUUGCUCACCACAGAUCUGGGACUUGUUUGCUGAGAUUCAGCAGGAGUACUUUUUCUGA